AUGGCGGCGACCAGCUCCUCAGGUGAGGUGAAAACCCGCUUCUGUCUCAUAUCCGAUACGCAUACAUACACGCCCUUACCACCGGACAAUUGGUCUCCAUUCCGACACCCCUUCCCCGCCGCAGACGUUCUCCUCCACGCUGGCGACCUCACCAUGGUCGGGAAAGAGAACGAGCACCGUGCGACCAUAGGCAUGCUAAAGAGCGCGGAGGCAGAGCUGAAAAUCGUCAUUGCGGGAAACCAUGACAUCACCCUUGACGAAGACUACUAUAACAGCUUCGGCCACCGGCGACACCAGGCUCGGGAAGACCUGGUGAAAAUUCGCGACAUGUACUGCGGCGAGGAGGCCCGGCGGCAUGGGAUUGUCUACAUGGAUGAAGGGGUGAGGACGUUCAGGUUGAAAAACGGUGCUCAGUUCACCGUCUACGCCUCGCCGUAUCAGCCGGAGUUCUGCCGGUGGGCGUUUGCGUACAAACGGCCCCAGGACCGAUUCAACCCGCCGCAAGAAGGCACGCAGUUCGUCGCGCAAAAUCCUAUCCCGGACUUCCCUGCUGUGGAUGUCAUGUUGACCCAUGGCCCGCCCAGGGGCGUUAUGGAUGAGACGAUUAGCUGCGAGGCGGUCGGCUGCGACCAUCUUCGACGGGCGGUCACCCGCGCCAAACCGCGAUUGCACUGUUUUGGACACAUCCAUGAAGGCUAUGGAGCACAGCGGAUGGAGUGGGCGGGCGAGAAGGCGACGGAUAUAAAGCUGGAUCAGACAACGGUGCUGAGGGAUCGGGCUUCGUAUAUUAAUGUCAGUCGUGAUGGGGACAGUCCGUUGAGGGUUGGAGAGGAGACUUUGUUUGUCAAUGCCAGUAUUGUCACUGUUCAAUAUGACCCGGUCCAUGCUCCGUGGGUUAUUGAUAUUGAUCUGCCCUGUUCAACGGAGGCAUGA